AUGGGGUCGCGUAGCGGGCGCAGUGAGCUGGGAGGCGCGAAGGGGGCAGCAGCUAAGUCAGGGCCUUCUAGUGGGGAGGGGGCCCUCAGCGCUACCAGGGGGUCCCGUGCCCAGAACAAGAUCCGAAAAAAGCACGACGAGGAGAAAACGCGGAGUGCAAUGGGCCCUAGAGGCGGCCAGAAGUCUGUAAGGAAAGAUCAGGGGAAAAAUCCACGGGCAACCCGCCGUGGUGGCAAUGGCGCUGAUGUUUCGCCCGCUCGGAGGCUCCGUGAUCGCAGAGGCCCCGUGCAGCAGCACAUGCGAGGAGGCGGCAGCAGCAGCUCCAGCGGUGAUGAGAGCAGCGGAAAGCUGCCUUUGUGGGCAGUGGCUGCACUAAAAGCAGGGGAGGAGGCGAAGGCUCGCGCAGCGGCUGCUGCUGCAGCGCGGGCUGCUCUGCCCCCUCUCCCGCACGUGACCCUUGCGCUUAUAGCUGAUGUCACUCAUGAUCAGGUGACGCAGCAGAAAAACAAGCAGGAGCGCCAACGGGAGAAGCAUUCACGUGGAGAUUCCGCUCCGUCGGGUCUAUCUGCUUUAGAAUACUUGGACCUAAGCUGCCGAGGAUUGACGCGAAUGGAAGGGUUCGACAGUCUGCCGAAUCUGAAGGCACUUAUUCUCAGCAGCAAUGAAAUUAUCCUCUCAAGGAAUGAAAUAUCCGAGUUCCCAGAGCCGCCUCAGCCCCUCCCGCAUCUCAGAAAGCUCUCUCUUUCCCACAACAAGCUCAAAGUAACUCUUCAAACCAAGCCUACUCCCACACCCUGUCGAGGCGCGACGAGUGCCUGGCUUGCACGGAGGCCCUUCGCAAGGCUCCUAGUUGGACACAAGGCGCUAGCCAUGUGUCCAGAGUCCUCUCAGCCGUGUGGUAGACGCAUCGUUGAGCCGAUGCAAAUCAAAGACGGCCCUUUCGGCAGCUCCCCUCAUUGCUGGCUAGCCAGCUGCUGCGUGUUGCAUGGGUGUGCUCGCUAG